ACUUUACAUACAGUCAUCUGAGGUUGGUAGUUUCAUGUGAUAUUGUCAGUUAUUAAAUAACGUCUACGCUAUUGGUAUUCACUGUUACUCAGUUGUUUAUUCCUGCUCCCAGUAAUUUUCUUUGGCCACCAUCGACCCUAUGUUUAUCUUUAAUUAAGUUUCGCCUAAUCUGAUUAUUAGAGCUUUAUUGUAGUGUGCAUUAUUUUUUCUAUCCGCUCUUCAACUUACUAUAAGCUCCAGUCGAUGUGUUAUGCUGCCAUGCUGAAAUGAACUGUUCUAUUAAUUGCGGAAAAACAACUCCAAAUGACUUUUUGUUCCCUUUUAAUAUCAUUAACCGAAUUAGGUGAAUGCAGGUUAUGUUUAAGUCAUCAACACAUCAAACAAUAACCUAAGAAAAAGCAAGUUUCUACGUCCAACACUAAAUCCGACACAAAAGCGAUACUACAAUUAUAGUCACAAGUUUAAAUUAUGGCAAAGCAUCAUCCAGACCUUAUUUUCUGCAGGAAACAACCAGGUGUUGCUAUCGGUCGUCUGUGUGAAAAGUGUGAUGGGAAAUGCGUUAUUUGUGAUUCUUAUGUUCGCCCGUGUACUCUUGUUCGCAUAUGUGACGAGUGUAAUUACGGAUCAUAUCAAGGACGUUGUGUUAUAUGUGGUGGUCCAGGGGUUUCGGACGCUUAUUACUGUCGACAGUGCACGUGUCUGGAAAAGGAUAGAGAUGGGUGCCCUAAGAUCGUCAAUUUAGGAAGUGCGAAAACUGAUCUGUUUUAUGAACGUAAAAAAUAUGGAUUCAAAAAACGUUGACAUGUUCCGAAAAAUACAUCUUUUGUAAAUGUUUCUCACUUCAUAUAUUAUCAGUA